AUGUUCACCUUUUGGGGGAAGUCAUUUCUACUGAGUCUCGCGGUAGCGAGCUUCGCUCUUGCCGAGGAUGUCAUUACUGAUGACGCAGUGUUUUACGGGCAAUCACCUGCGGUCUACCCUUCACCUGAAGGGACAGGCGCCGGGGAUUGGGCUUCUGCGUACACAAAGGCCAAGGCAUUCGUCGCCAAGCUCUCUGACGAUGAGAAAGUCAAUUUGACUGCAGGUAUCACUGCCGACAAUGGAUGCUCUGGUAAUAUUCAGGGCAUCACACGGCUUGGGUUCCCGGGAAUGUGUGUGAGUGACGCUGGAAAUGGAUUGAGAGGACCUGAUUUCGUUAAUGGAUGGUCUUCUGGAGUUCAUGUAGGCGCCAGCUGGAACCGUGAUCUUGCUAAACAGCGAGGUGUCUUCAUGGGCCAGGAAUAUCGGAAAAAGGGCGUAAACAUGAUACUCGGGCCCGUCGUCGGACCCUUGGGCCGUGUGGCUCUUGGUGGUCGCAACUGGGAAGGCUUCGCUGCCGAUCCAUACCUGAGCGGAAUUCUGGUUGCCGAGUCGGUCAAGGGACUGCAGUCGCAAAACGUUGCCACUUCUCUCAAACACUUCAUUGCAAAUGAACAAGAGACGAACCGCAAUCCGACCACCGAUUCCGAUGGCCACUAUGUUCAGUCCGUGUCGUCGAACAUCGAUGACAAAACCCUCCACGAGCUAUACCUGUGGCCUUUCCAAGAUGCAGUCCUUGCUGGGACUACUUGUGUCAUGUGCUCCUACAAUCGCUUGAAUAAUUCCUACGCUUGCCAGAACAGCAGAGCCCUCAACGGAAUUUUGAAAACCGAGCUCGGCUUCCAAGGCUAUGUGAUUACUGAUUGGUUUGCCCAGCAUUCAGGUAUUGCCUCUGCUAACGCCGGUCUGGAUGUUGUCAUGCCUAGCUCAAGCUACUGGAACAGUAAUUUGACAACGGCAAUUUCGAACGGAACUAUGGAAGCUUCUCGUCUGGAUGACAUGAUCACAAGAUUGAUGGCGACCUGGUAUUAUCUCGACCAAGACUCGGCAUUCCCCAAGCCUGGUGUCGGAAUGCCUUCCAGCAUCAGUGCUGCCCAUGAGGCCGUCAUAGCUACGUCCAAGGCCGCAAAGUCGGUGCUUUUGCAAUCGGCCAUUGAGGGACACGUUCUGGUGAAGAACCAGAACAACGCUCUUCCUCUUCGAUCUCCAAAGUUGGUCUCUGUCUUCGGAUACGACGCUUACAGCCCGAUGUCCUACACUCUCGCGACCUCAUUUAGUUUCCCCACAACAGAGCGAUCAGCCCUGUAUCAGAAUGGGACUCUGUAUAGUGCCGGUGGAUCUGGCGCAAAUUCACCUGCCUACAUUGACUCUCCGAUAGAAGCUCUUCAGCGCCGAGCAUAUGAAGACGGGUCUUCCGUUCUGUGGGACUUCACCUCGGAAGAUCCCGUCGUCAACUAUGUCUCCGAUGUGUGCCUGGUAUUCAUCAAUGCUUUCGCUACAGAAGCUGUCGACCGAGAGGCUCUGUCUGAUACUCACAGCGACACAAUUGUGACUAAUGUCGCCAAUAAAUGUGCUAACACUGUUGUUGUGGUUCACAACGCCGGGAUCCGCACUGUCGAAUCUUGGGUUGAUCAUGUGAACGUUACCGCUGUCAUCUUUGGCCAUCUCCCUGGACAGGACACAGGUCGUGCUAUAGUUGACAUUCUUUACGGAGACGCAAACCCUUCGGGCAAACUUCCUUACACUGUUGCAAAGCAGCCAUCGGACUAUGGAGCUCUCCUCCAGCCCACCGAAACCGAAGGGAAAUACCAAUAUUUCCCUCAGUCGGAUUUCACCGAAGGUGUCUACAUCGACUAUCGCGCUUUUGACAAGGACAACAUCGAGCCUCAGUAUGCAUUUGGCUUCGGUUUGUCUUACACAACAUUCGGAUACUCAAACCUGAAGAUCUCGAAGACAUCAGCCUCGUCGACGACUUAUCCCGCUAGUGCCCCCAUCGUUCCGGGUGGAAAUCCCCGCCUGUUUGACACGCUAGCCAAGGUCUCGGCUACUGUGAAAAACACCGGUAGCGUUGACGGAAAGGAAGUUGCGCAGCUCUACAUUGGCAUUCCCAAUAGUCCUGUCCGCCAACUGCGUGGCUUCGAGAAGGUUUUGAUCAAGACUGGGAAGUCGACGACUGUGAACUUUAAUUUGACUCGCCGAGACCUGAGCAUCUGGGAUACAGAUGCGCAGCAAUGGCUUCUCCAGCGCGGGACUUAUCAGAUCUUUGUGGGGCGUAACAGCAGGGACUUGGCCCUUACGGGAACGCUGACAAUCUAG